UUGUGAAUGUUUAUAAUAAUGUCAAUAUUUAUUGGACUGUCCAUUCUGUUUGUACUUAAUAUUAAUUAAAUUUUAGAGACUUAAAACAAACCAUACAGUACAUAGAGUACUGCACAAUGGAUGAAGGAAAUGAUCCAGUGAAUGGAGAGAAGAGCAAGUGCAAGAACUGUACUUGUACUUGCACUGAUCGCUACUUGAGGGAGUUCCUUGAAGAUAACACAAUAGCUGGCAUCAGUCACGUCUUUAAAGGUCAGUCUAAAGUGAGGAGGUCGUUUUGGGCUCUGAUCUUCAUUGCUGCCAUCAUUAGCUGCAUAGCUCUCAUCAGUCUAAGCAUACAGAUAUUCCUAAACAAACCAACAGCUUCUACCAUUAACGUCAUCACUCUUAAUGGUGUUCCAUUCCCAAGUGUGACCAUUUGCAAUAUCAACUUUGAGAAGAAUGAGGCUCUUCCGUUGCUCAGUCGUACGUACAACCUCAUGAACCAGCUGUUCAAUGCGGACGAGAGCUUUCACUCCAACAGCAUGAAUGCUUCCUCAGUCAUUUCAAACUGUAGGAACACAGUCCCCAGGAAUAACAGUGACGCAACCUUUGAAGCAACAAUAUGGAAUAUACAAAGACCAGCUCGAUCUAAGAGAAGGCUCAUACAUUACUGUGGGUUUGUGACUGGCGUUAAUAGCAACGUCUCCAAUUGUAAGAGCCUUUUCCAGCCAGUCCUGACCCCAGCUGGAAUAUGCUUCAAUUACAAUGGCAGCAGUAACACUAUUCACAGUACUGGGACUAGAUAUGGCAUGAAGCUUGUCCUAAAUAUAGAGCAGGACCUCAGACCCUCGUACAAUGGUAAAGCAGGAGUUAUACUUUCAGUCCAUGAUGGGAAAGAUGUGGCUAGACCGAAUGUCAAUGGUAUCAACGUAGCACCAGGUCAAGCAAUCGAUGUUGGAGUCAACCUAAAAGAAUACAUUGACGAGACGAAAGAAGCAAAUUGCACUGCAGGACAAGACCUUGUCUUCUUUGAGGAUUAUGACUACUCUCAGUACGCCUGUGCACAAGAUGCACUCAUUAAACAAAUAGCAAAGCCUAAUGUAUGCAACUGCACUCUACUACCAAGGAGGCCAUCGAAUGGAGAGUAUGACCAUACUCCUAACUGUACCUUCCCCACCUCAUGCUGCUUACUGAAUGAGUACAAGACCAUCAAUACAGAGGAGCAAUGCCCACUGCCCUGUAGAUACAGAUACUAUGACUACACCACAAGCUAUGCUAGCUAUCCUAACUCAUUCAUAUUAGAAGAUUUAAUGAGAGAUGAGAAUGUCACUGAAGACUAUUUAAGAAAGAAUUACCUAUCAAUUAACAUAUAUAUCAAUGAUUUACGAUACAGCGUGGUCACUACUUCAUACACGUUUGGUGUUGCAGGUCUGCUGGGAGAUAUAGGAGGACAAUUGGGUCUGUUCAUUGGAGUAAGCAUAAUCACAUUCUUUGAAGUUUUGAUUUUAUGUCUUGACGAGUUAAAGAGGAUCUGCUGUCCUGAUUUCGUUAUAAAUAAGUGCAAGAACAUGAAGAAGAAAGGAGAAAGCUCGGACAUAGUUGCUGGAGAGAGAGAGACAAGAAGACAGAUCCAGAGGAAGGCAUGGUCUAAUGACAGUCUAUAAAACAACACCAACAUUUAAUAAUAUUAAUAAUAAUAAUAAUAAUAAUAAUAAUAAUAAUAAGUAUGAUGAAUAUUAGGGCAUAACUAAGUAUUUGAAUAUAAUA